UAGCUAGCUAGUAGUGUUAAUUUAUAGCUACAUUUUGUUGGCUUUGGUGAUAAACUCGGGUACAAAGGUUAUUUGCUUCGUUUAAUGUUUUAAUUGCUGACAUAAACUAAACAAGUCAUGGGGGCUAGCUUCAACUGUAUGCUAGGUGACAUUAUCUUUAUUAUCAACUUAGCAAAUAACGUUAUCACUCUAGAAAAGGUCUAGCCACAGAAAGAAGAGGGGACAUGAUGACAACCGAUGAUAUGGCAGUUAAUUAACAUAGAUGUUGACACCCCUGCCCCCCAUGAUUUAAAACAAGAAAAACUCAAACUUUCUGCAACUCUACGAAAGUACUACUCAUUCUGUAAGAGGAGGACAUUUGGUACAUUUGUGGCAUCCAAAAGAGCUUCAACAACAGUUUGGAAUUGCUGUGGCCAGACCUUCAAGGAACUUUCUUCCAUCCACAAACGUGUGGCAAGGACUCAUGACACUGACAUUCACCAGCUUACCCAGUCCACAUUUGAGGUUUUACUGAGCCAGAUUGAGAAAGAAGCCACUUCACAACAAAAAUCAACAGAGAAAGAGCCAGUGGACGUUUCCUCCUGGAUACCUGACACCAGUCACAUCACUGGUGACCAGCUUCACAAUGGCCCAGGCGAGGUUCUUCUGCUCUACUGCUACUGUCAGCUGGCAGAUCCACAGCUCAUCUGUGCUUGGCAAAAGGCCCUUUGUGAAAAGCUCCAGUUAACUGGCAAGGUGAGAGUGGCAACUGAGGGGAUCAAUGGAACAGUUGGAGGCACAAAAGUGGCGACUGGCUUGUACAUCAAGGCAAUGUGCUGCCAUCCAAUCUUCAAUAUAAUGGAAAAAGAAGACUUUAAGACCAGCAAUGGGGGUGCAGAGUGUUUUUGUGACCUGAGGGUUGGAGUCUACAAGGAAAUAGUGCCAAUGGGAGUGGGACCCUGAUGCCUUCUCCUACAGUCUAGCAGGUAAACAACGUGUGUCUUGUGUACGUCUGCGUUGCAUAUUUGUAGGGUGCCGUCUUUCGGAUGUGACUCUUGCAAUGAUACAAUACUGCUGGACUGCCGGAACUUCUACGAGAGUAGAAUUGGCCAGUUCAGCCAAUGUUUGGCCCCUAACAUCCGAAAAUUCAGUUACUUCCCCGAUUACGUUGACCAGAACCUUGACCUCUUUCGAGACAAGAAGGUUCUUAUGUACUGUACCGGUGGCAUUCGCUGUGAACGCGGCUCAGCCUAUCUCCGCUCAAAACAUGUGUGUAAAGAAGUUUAUCAGCUGAAAGGUGGCAUUCAUAAGUACCUGGAACAAUUCCCUGAGGGCUUCUAUCGCGGCAAACUGUUUGUGUUUGACGAGCGCUUUGCAAUCUCCUCCAACAGUGACAUCAUCUCAGGGUGUAGGUACUGCAAUUAUCCGUGGGACCAGUACCAGCUAUGCUCCACACACUUCUGCUGCCAGCUGGUCCUUUCCUGCUCUGCCUGCAGACAGGGCGGCCACACCGCCUGCUGCCCCAUCUGCCAGACCAAGGGCAAGGGAGAAGAGCCCUCUGCCACACCUCCACAGAGAGAGGAGUGCGAGUGCACAGCCAUGCGGCCCAGAAUCCCCCAGGAUGCAUUGUGAUGUGACAUCACCAGUUUUAAAAAAGUUCAACAGAGCUAAGCGGAGACCUUACCUGGAGCUUAACCCAUUCAUGUAUUUUAAAUGGACAAUCCUUAUUCAAUAGACUCUAAUGUGAUUGUGGUGACAAUCGGCUUGUGCCUAUUUUAAUUAAAGUAAUCCUCAACA